AUGUCGGAAGCACGGUAUCACGAAGGCCUCGAGGUCUACUCGGACAGCGCAGCUCAUGCACCAGAGGUCAGCCCUCAUGGUGUUUAUAGUCAAGGCUCGAAGGAUCCAAUGGCGGGUUAUGUUCAGGUCGUCGAGGCGCGAAAGGGUCCUUUGGGUUUAAGCAUGUUGGGCCUGUGUGCGAUUGUUGCUAUCAUCACAGCCGUGGUUGUCGGAGCUGGAGUUGGGGGAGGUCUUGGAUCAGCUCUGGCCAACUGCAAAAAUCACAGUUCACAAGUAUCUGAGGCCCCAGUUGCAUCCGCGAUACAGAACUCGGCCUGUCCAACCCUCACAGCCAGCGCAAGCGACACGACUGAAACGACCGAGUCAAAAUUCUACGAGCCCAAACAGGCAGACCAAGUAACAAAUCUCACCCUCCCCAACGCGUGCUCCCAACCAAACGGCAAAGACGACUAUACCACUAACAACGGCUACGUCUUCACAUACACCUGCGGGUUCGACUACCCAGGGAACGAUAUAGUGGCUCUCCUGGCUUACACAGCGUUCGACUGCAUGCACGCAUGCGCAAUGUACACCGAGAUCAACAACGGGAAGGAAAAUACGACGCACUGCUCAGCCCCAGAAGCAUCGCUCAUUUACAUUCUCCAAACCACGUGCCAAGACAAGCUGUUGCAAGGCAUUUCGCACGGUCGAUACCCUUUCGAGACGGCACAGAGAUGCCGAUUCACAAUUCAAUCCGCUAUUGCGGCUGGGCCAGUGACCGAGUCGUACGUAACACUCCUGCGCCAGCAUCACAUCGUAUCCAUCCUCUGA